AGCUUAAGAAAUUUCUGAACAAAAAAGUUUUUUUAAAGUUAUUUCCCAAUCACAUAUACAGAAGAAAAUUAAUCUUACGUGUUAAUCAUUCUAAAGUUUUCAUGCUCACCACUAGAGGACGUAAGUGAAUUAUUUUAAAUACAGGGUGUUUCAAAAGAAGUGAUCCCGUCUCUAGGAUAGGAAAACUAAAAAACAUUUGGAGUUUGCCAAGUAAGAAAUUUUCCAACCAAUCUUCUAAUCAGCUGAGAGUCCCCUAUAUGGUCAUUAAAGUGACUUUGAUUCUGCUUUUCAAUUCUUGAGGUGAAUUUAUCUCAGGAACAAAACUUUUUCUUUAAGAUACGACCAAACUGUGUAAUCCAAGUGAUAAGAAUCGCAUGACCGAAAAGGCCAAUGAAAAUUUUUACUGAGCAUACCCCAAACCCCACACGGAAUCAUCUAGUCAAAUGCGGAUUAAGGGAGGCGUGUUCCGGAAAAACUCUUUUGGAAAAGGCUUUUUCUAAUUAAAUAGAAGUAAUGAUUUUAACAAUAUUUUGAAUAAAGUAUACAAUUGAUUAGUAAUUACAAAAAAAGACCAAAAACAAUGCGAUGAAAUUGAAUCAGUAGCGGAUUUUCGUAAGGUAUUGUUGAAAUUUCUCCCGACCAUGCUGAAAAUAUCGUAGAAAACAAUUUGAUUUAUUUCCAAAGCUAUUAAUUAAAAAAAUUAUCUAAUUAAUUAUUGAAGAUCAAGGUAAAGAUUUAAUAAGAAAGCGUGUUUGGUUAUUACUUUUUCUAACUAUUCCAUAAAUCAUCAAUUUCUAUGGGAUACAUAGAUAGCAGAGAUUUCGUUAAAAAUGCAUUUGUUCUUUCUGAAUACGAAAUACCUAGCCUAACCUAGCCCAAGCUUACCUAUCCUAACCUAACUUUACCUAGUCUAGCUUAACCUAACCUAACCUAACCUCGCCUUGCCCCGGCUCAUCCCGAACAAUAUUUUCAAGGUUAUCGGUGCUGUGAGGUUUAAACGAUACAACUAUCAAAGUUUUCUAGUGCUAUCAAUAUUUUACUCACGUGUGAAUAACUUUUUAUAGCGAUUUAUUGUAUUGAAAAUAACAUGAUAUUAACGAUGAACAAAUUUCUGUCUCCUUAUGUCCCCCUCCUGCAAUAGAUUUUAAAACCGGUUUGCCACCAUUUUCUUUAGAAUAUAUUUAAAUAAUCGUACCUUGCGUAUUAUCUAUCAUUAUAACAUACGAUUUCCUUGAGAUUUCGAGGUCAAUAUAACAUAUAAUUAUGUGCAGUAAUCUGCUAAGUUCAAAGUAAACAAAUAAAUAUAUAUGAAGUAUUAGUGAUUAGUCGCAAUUUUGAAGUACUUUUAUAAUUGAUAAAGUUUUUAUGGUAAAAGAAAAAACAAAAAAAUAUGUCGAUUAUAACCGGAGAUAUUCUAUUUGAUUUGACAGCGAUAAUUAUUGGUGUCAUAACAGCAGUGAUAAUUUAUUGUAAAUGGUCGUUUCAAUACUGGAAAGACCGGGGUGUAACUCAUCUAGAGCCAAAGCUAAUAUGGGGAAAUCUUCGUCCUCCUCAUAGGAGAAUUAUUUCUAUUGGAGAUGAGGUAGCGGAACUUUACAAAAAAGCCAAACAGAACGGAUGGAAGCAGCUGGGAUUUUAUAACAUGACUGAACCAAUCUACAUGCCGAUAGAUUUGAAUAUUUUGAAACAUAUCAUCACAAAGGAUUUCAGUCAUUUUGUCGAUAGAGGAUUGUAUGUAAAUGAGAAAAAUGAACCAAUAUCUGCUCAUCUAUUCGCAAUUGGUGGAACAAAAUGGAGGAAUUUGAGAACCAAAUUCACACCCACAUUCACCUCAGGAAAAAUGAGAACAAUGUUCAAAACUAUCACUGUUUGCGGCGAUCAACUCAACAGAUAUUUGAUAGAGAAGAUAACUCUUCACGAACCUGUUGAUAUUAAAGAUAUCUUGGGAAACUUUUCGACUGAUAUCAUCGGAUCAUGCGCUUUUGGUUUGGAAUGUAACAGUUUUAAAGAUCCUGAUAGUCCGUUCAGACAAAUAGGGAAAAAAGUGUUCGAUAGAACCCGCUUUGAAAACUUAAAAUUCAUAUUUGCUAAUAACUUUCCAAAUGUAGCAAAUCUUCUAGAUAUACGCUUACUUGAUGCAGAGGUGUCAAAUUUUUUCACUACAGUGGUUGCUGAUUCCGUUAAAUAUAGAGAAGAGAACCAUGUGCAUCGUAACGACUUUUUACAAUUAUUAAUUGAAAUAAAGAAUCAAGCAAAAGAUGGAGAAAGAUCAGGAGAUGGUUCCACUUUAACCUUGGAUGAGAUGGUUGCUCAAAGUUUUGUAUUUUUCGUCGCUGGGUUCGAAACUAGCUCCACAACCAUGACUUAUGCCCUUUAUGAACUUGCUAGGAACCCAGAUAUUCAGCGGAAAGUACGAGAUGAAAUCAAUUUUAUUCUAAACAAGUACGGUGGUGAAGUUACUUAUGAUUGUUUGAGUGAAAUGAAGUAUUUGUCACAAGUUAUUGACGAAACACUUAGAAUGUAUCCAGCUGUUCCCUUCAUUACUAGAAAGUGCGUAGAAGAAUAUGUAGUUCCGGAAACGAAUUUAAAAAUGUCUAAAGGUACAAGAGUUUGGAUUCCCAUAAAAGGGAUACAUUACGAUGAAGAUUACUACCCAAAUCCGAAAGUUUUCGAUCCUGAGAGAUUUUCUGACGAGAAUAAACGAAACAGAAAUCAAUAUGCUUUUAUACCAUUUGGAGAAGGACCAAGAAUGUGCAUAGGUAUGCGUUUUGGAAUUGUACAAACUAAAGUUGGUUUGAUCAAUGUUCUAAGGAAUUUUGAAAUAAGGAUUGAUAAAAAGACGAAAACUCCAUUGGAAACAGACAUAAAUAGUUUCAUUCCUAAAGCAGAAGGUGGAAUUUGGUUGAACAUGGAAAAAAUAUAACGUAAAAGAUGAAGAAAAACUUGUUGAUCUAAUUCAUAUUAUCUUUUUAUUAAUGUAUUAUUAGACUAUUUUUUUGCAAGAAAAAAUCAUAUUAAAAUCUGAAGUACA